GCCUUUCGCAUUCGCAUUCGCUUUCGUAACAUUGGGACUGCAGGGGCAGGGGUAUAAAGCUAGCACUGUUGCAGGACGGGAAAAACAAAAGACGUUGUGCGUAAGCUGUGUUGCGGGAGAUAUGGUUGAGCUGAGCAAGGGAGAGACAGAGAAAGAGGUUCCAAAACCGUUCCAUCCUCUGAGGGAAAUCCAGCUGUAGGGCAACGCCUAUUAACAGCUCUCGAGAACCCAGCUGCGGGGCAACGUUCAUUAACAGCUCUAGAGAGUCAGAGUUUCUGUCAUUCCAGGGGCCCGAUAGACCAACACGUCUGGCCUCAAACCCUUCAAGAAGGCUCCCCAGAUCAGUUUCGCUGGAGUGGCUACACAGACAUCUGGAGGGUUAGGACUGACUUGCAGAUUACAUAUAUCUUGAUAUCCAUCGCCUGCCGACCGUAGCAUGGAUUUGACCAAUUGUACCAAUGUGAAUGGUUCCUCUGAAGAACCUACCGAAGGGCCAGCGAGCAAGAUCUUGAUAUCCCUAACGCUCUCUGUGCUUGCUGUAAUGACGACGGCCAUCAACUCCCUCGUGAUCACAGCGAUAAUAGUGACGAGGAAGCUGCACCACCCAGCCAACUAUUUAAUAUGCUCCCUUGCAGUCACUGACUUUCUGGUGGCCAUCCUGGUGAUGCCCUUUAGCAUUGUGUACAUCGUCAAGGAAACAUGGAUCAUGGGUCAAGUGGUGUGCAAUAUCUGGCUCAGUGUUGAUAUCACAUGCUGCACCUGCUCCAUCUUGCACCUGUCUGCCAUAGCUCUGGACAGGUACAGGGCUAUCACAGAUGCAGUCGAGUACUCAAGAAAAAGGACACCCAAACACGCCGCCAUUAUGAUCUCGGUGGUGUGGGUUAUCUCCAUUUUCAUUUCCAUGCCGCCGUUGUUCUGGACAGCCAACAAGAAGGAUGAAUGCCUCAUAAAGCACAGCAACAUCGGCUUUGCCAUUUAUUCCACCUUUGGCGCCUUUUACAUCCCGUUAGCCUUGAUUCUCAUCCUCUACUAUAAAAUAUACAGGGCGGCCAAAACCCUCUACCACAAGAGAAGCGUAAGCCGGAUUGCAAAAGAGAUGAACGGCAACGUCUUGCUGGAGUCCACAGAAAAGAGUUCCAAGAACAUCCCAUCCACCCUGUGCAUCCCAGAGAAAUCCUUAUCCGAACCUUCCACCGAUGGAGACAAGAUCCACAUCACUGUCAGAAAUCCCAAAUGUGAAACCCGGAGAGAGAAGUCUUGGAAGAGGCAGAACAUUUCAAGCGCUCGAGAGAAGAAAGCAGCCACGACUUUGGGUCUGAUUUUAGGAGCAUUUGUAAUAUGUUGGCUACCUUUCUUUUUGAAAGAAGUCAUCGUCAACAUUUGCAUGAAGUGCUACAUCUCUCCAAACAUGUCAGAUUUUCUGACGUGGCUGGGAUACCUCAAUUCUCUCAUCAACCCAUUGAUCUACACCAUCUUCAAUGAGGAUUUUAAAAAAGCCUUUCAGAAGCUGAUCAAGUGCAGACAUUACCUUUAAUGCACAAAGGUGGUAUUUUGGAGGAAAAAGAAUGUAGGGCUUUGGACUGCAGAACCAAAACUAUUUGAAAUGAUUGCUUUAUUUACAGUAUCUACUACAGUGACUCCAGAUCCAAGCAAAAUAAGGAUCCCCAGCAUAACCACAGAAUUUGUUCUAUUUGUAAAGGAUUUAUUAAUUAUAUUGUUCUAUUUUUUUUUAUCAGUAUUGAUAACGUACACAAGUUCUCUUUUUGCAUCCCCUUUUAUCUACAGUUGUGAAAAGGUAUGUUUUAUUAUUGAUGAACCCUCCUAUAAAGGGAAGGAGUGCAGCUCUGCGCUGUGCAGUCACUCCAAUACCUGAAUGAUCUUUGAAGUAAAAGAAACAACAUUUGGACACGGCCUUCCUCAAUAUUGAGACCACACAAACAAAUUGUUGGGUGUUGUGUUGGUGUGACAGCAUUGUUACUGUUUGAAAGGGAAGUACUCCAGAUCUAGUGUUUUAUUUGGGGUUAAGAUAAUACCAUUAUUAGAAUCCACCUCUUCCCCAAACAAAAUAUUUCAAAAUUUUGCAAUGCAAGUCGUUGAAAGGUUUCAAAUGACAGUCAAUGAAAAAAAAACAACAUUGUAUACUUGUAUCUGUGCACCACUUGUCGCUAUAUGAUCUGUGUAUUUUUUUUUUAUACCACUAUUCAUUCAACCUUCCACAACCCCAAACGCACCACCCCAUUUGAGAAAAGUGUCAUAAAUGUGUUAUCAAUCUACACAGCUUUAAUUUAAAAAAACACAUAAACUACUCCUUUGCAAAAAUAAGCAUUGUAUCUCAUUCAAGUACUAACCAGGUCAAACUCUGCUUAGUUUUGACAGGAUUGUGAUGCUGCAGAUAUUAAUUGACGUUGCUGGCUUCACCUUUGAUAAACAGAUUUGUAUUCAACGAUUGUCUUGUUCUAAAUAUUGUGAAUGUAGGUCAUUGUGUUACAGACACACGAUUGGAGAAUCUUUGUUAUCAGAAAUGAUUCCAUGGGAUAAAGCAAACCAAUGGGAAGUAUGAAGUGUGGAGUGGGUUAAUGCACUACGCUGUGCCACAUGGAAUGCAUUGUUUUUAUUAAUAACAACCCAGAGGUCUUAAACAUCAGGAAAGACCUACAGUGAUAUUUCAAUAGUAACAGUUGUGGAAAUGAUAUGGGAAUUAAGUCAAGAGCUAUCAUAAUUGUCAGAGAAAAAGUCAAACCAGGAACAAAAUGUACACUUCAAAGCUGAGAAAGACACAACUUCAUUUAAACAUCGUAAGAUAUCUGACAGGGAUUAAAAUUAGCAUGUUUACAAUAUGAAAGAUGUACUAUUAUCACUGUCAUGACACAUUAAAUACCUUUUUUUUUAGGGUCCUCAUUCAAAAAACACGUUAACUCUCUUGAUUUUGCAUCAAUUUACACCAAGCUUUUGUUAUACAUUCCUAGCCUCAUAUGAUUUUAUAAAAAUAUUUUUUUUACCUUUCAGGUACUGUGCACUUAUGAUGCAAUUGUGAGGACCCUCUGUUUGUGCCUGCACUAGUAGGAAAAGCUGCAUCCCAAGUUUUAAACCCCCUCAUCCUGCAACUUAGGAUGAAGCAUUACAAGUCUGUCCUGGUUCUAUUCUGCCUUUUGUCCAACACACAGUAUUAUACAUCCUGAAGCCACUAUCAUCAAAACAUCAGAUUUCAGAACAUUCCAAUACAUCUUAUUGUUCGAUUAGUGUCAUCUUGUGCACAGUAAAGUACCAACUGACAAAUAUUCUAAAGACAUGGAUGACAAUAUUAGCUGUGUAUUGUGGUUUUUACAUAUUAACGUAUAUCUUAUGUAACUUGGUAUACUGAUGGGAGAGGCAGCAGCUGGUGUGUUUAACUCUGAUUGGUUCAUCAGUCCUGUUACUGCUUUACUCAUGUCCAGAUGAUUAUUAUUAUUAUUAUUAUUAUUAUUUAUUUCUUAGCAGACGCCCUUAUCCAGGGCGACUUACAAUUGUUACAAGAUAUCACAUUAUACAUUAUUUCACAUUAUACAGAUAUCACAUUAUUUUUACAUACAAUUAUCCAUUUAUACAGUUGGGUUUUUACUGGAGCAAUCUAGGUAAAGUACCUUGCUCAAGGGUACAACAGCAGUGUCCCCCACUGGGGAUUGAACCCACCUAUGUAUUAUAGGUGACCCUUCAAAUCACUGUGCUUCAGUUCUGUGCUUGACAACAUUGCUACACUUGUGAGAAUUCCUGCUUUUGUUUCAUUCGUGUUUUGCUGCAGAACAAAACACCCUCAACAUUCCAGAACAUGAGUAUACAAGAGGGGUCUCUGCAACUGUCAAUAUUCCAAUGGCUCAAACAAUGCAGUCCCAUGCUGAAGCUCAGAGUUGCUUAAACUGGAGAAGUGGGUCAUGUUGAUCUCAUAGGAUCCAAAUUGGAUUGAAAGCCUUUGAUUGGAGUGACCAAGAUUAUUUGGCAGUGCUGUACCUGAUGUCAAAUACAUCCCUUCUUUUUAGAUGGGUCCUGGGUACUACCAAGAAGCUGUCCUUAUUCACUGAUCCAGAGGGGUUAGGAGCUAUUUGCUAGACUGCCCAAUCACAGCUCUCUAAAUCAAGCUAUAUGGGGUUAUUUUGUUUCCAAUGUUUCCAGGAAAUACAAACCUGAACAAGAACAUGUUGCUGUACAUAUACAGUCUACAGUCAUGCUAAAGGGUAUCCAGUGGGCAGUCUGAUUGCCCUAUCAGAUAAACCAUUCAUUUCUGCACCUCUGUGUCAUGCAAUGAAAAUACAGUCAUACAGAGCAUUAUACAAAGGAAGAGGGCAGAGGAAAGGUGAGGAAUGCAUAAACUGAGAAGAUAAAUCCAUACUGAAUAGUUUUAUUAUUUACUAAGAAUCAAGGAAGACAAAAAGAAUAACAUGAAUAAAUUCUUACUUAAAAUGUAAUUAUUCUAUAGUGCACAUUUAACAUUAAAACCAAACCUUGCCAGGGAACUGACUAUGAAUGAAUAUAAAGGACAAGAAUAUCAGUUAAAUGUAUUCAAAAACAUUCUCACAUUCUACCAGCAAACAUGAAUUAUGUAUACUAACCACUUGAAGAUGAAAUGCUGGACUGUGCUAAAAGCUACGUUUAGCCGAGCUAAAAGGACUUUCUGAUGCACUGCAUUAAAUAAGUAGCAGCCAUUAACUUGUAACUCACAACUCUUCACAAUGUUAUGUUGCUAUCAGCAACAAUAUAAAAACAAAAAGGGCAAGGCAGUUCUCAAAUAACAUUUGCUUCUAUAAUUGGAUUCAUUAUUUAUUUUGCAAUCUGACUUCUAAAAUGGGCGAUGUUAUGACUGGAGGUUUUUUUGCAAUGUGUAUUGGUGCAGAAUGACUCUUUCGUUUGGAGUAAUUGUGUUUAUUAGCCAUUUAUAUGGAGUGGUUCAGUCAGACCGGGAACGAUAAUGAGUGGGUCUCUGCUGAGGAACUGUCACACGUGUGCAGAGAAAACUGAACAAUUCUGAACCUCCCUUUAGAAUGCAGUAUAAAUUUGCUGCCAUAGUUCCACUUACUAUAUGAACAUGAACAGACAUGUUCUGAAAUCUUUUUUGACUGGAUACUGCUAUCUAUGUGUUAUAUAGUUUUAACCUUGUCUUUUGCUGUUGUGAUUGAUUCCCUUUCUAAACUUGCACUGUAAUAAAAGAUGCUGUCAGAAUUAGAAAUUGAAUUUUAUAUACUGGAUAUAAUAAAACACAUAACUACAAGUAUAGCGAAAAGAUGGAUGUAUUUAGCAUCGACUGCCAAGUAAGCACAUUCAGUGGUGGUGCUAGGCAUGAGCAAAAGCUUAGGGCCCCAAGCAGUUCAAAGGAGUUAUAAAAAAGAAAUGUUAUCCAGAAUUUAAAAUUUUGUAGUAUGUAUUUUUUUUGAUGAAAGCAAUCCUGAAUGGUGUCGAAAAGACCUUAACCCUCGGGCAGAAAACAAUUUAAAUAAAAAAAUGGAGAUGGAAUCCAUACAAAAAGAAAACGGUAUUUUAUUAUUAUUGUUAUUAUUAUUAUUAUCGGCAUUUGUUUUUUACUUUUAAAUUAAAAACAUAUGAUAAUGUUAGUGAGUGUUCUAAUAAUACAGUGAUUAUUGAAAUUAGAAAAAUCUAAAUAGUUUUACACAUCAGUCUCAAUGUGAAUCUUUUUUCUGUUGAAACAGGAUUGGCUGCGAGUAACAAUAUUAACUCUCCAGAUGUUUGACUAUCAAUACAUUAAAAUCAUAACAAUUAUUUUCAUUGCAUUGAUAUGGAAAAACUGAGAUCUCUGUGUAACUAGUGGGACUGGAUAACAACUGAACUCGGUGUAUUCAGCCUAUUUGACAGCCUGUCUAGUCAUGUUGCAAAUGUAAGCAAGCUGAAUACAAAAAGCAAGUUAGAAUUGUCUUUAAAUAGAAAUGCUCUGCUGUUGAAGUAAUACAUGUUGAUUCAGUUGAGUUUCCAGAUGUCUGAUUAGUAGUACAAGAAAUCAGUUGCAAGUGUUGCACUGUUCUGCUCUGAACGCACCCAUAAUUAUGUUACGAAGUAGAGAAACAUUUAUAGGACAAGUUUAAAAGCUUUUUGCUCCAGUGCAAAAUUUGCUCCACUUUUUCUUAGUGCAAAUAAUCUCCAGAUAAUUUUCCAAAACUGUUUAAGUGAAAAAAAAAAAAUUCAUUUUAUUUCUCUUUUCCAUACGUACAUUGUCUCUUGCUAGAUUUGCACCUUUAAACUUUUACAAUUACUUUGAGAAAAUCAGAAGCAAAUUUUGCCCUUUGAAAAUCACCAUGUUACUGUAUUAGCUAAAUUAAUUUCAAAAUGUACAGAGUUGGAUUAAUAGCACUCAAUUACAAUAUAAAGGUGAGUCUAAUAAAAAAUAAAAACCAAAAAGGGGGGGUGCAAAAAUAUUGCCACUUAGGGCCCCCAAUCAGCUAGCACCAUCACUGAGUACACUGCUUCUGUGAUCUCUAUCAGCUGCACUGGCUGCCAGUCAAAUUCUGUAUUACUUUUAAGAUUGUGCUUACUUAUUGUGCCCUACACAGCUCACCACUUCCUUACCUCGCUCAGCUCUUACCUCCUUUUGUCCCCAGGUGCUAGCUCAGAUCAACUGAGGCUGGCCACUUGGUUGUGGCAAGAUUUAAACAAGCCCCUUUUAGUGGCGCGUCUUUUGGCUGUUAGUGACACUUUGGAAUCCACUGCCUGAAGAUAUUAGCUCUAUUGCUGUGUUUAAUGCACUGUGGCUAAUGGCAUUUAAGCCUGAUGGUCUUGGUGUCUGGUGAUGUGUUGUGACUCAGCGGGCUGGGUUUGGGUUUUCAUAUUUUCUUGUUUUCUUUUUUAUUUGAUUUUAUAGUAAAGCAA